CUUCUUGAUCUGUCUUUUGUUCAAACUUGUCUCAAUGACUCAACAAAUUCCAGUGAUCGGACCAGAGUAUUGCAUGAACUAUCCAGUUGAGCUAAAAAUUGUGAGAAAAGCCAUAGCUUUGACCACGGGAAACUUCAAAGUCACCGAUGUGAAUGAUAAUGAUUUGUUCAAAGUUGAAGUAAAAUGGUCUAUUCACGAUCGUCGCAUUCUUCGUGAUUCAGCAGGAAACCCAGUAAUCACUCUCCGUCAAAAGAUAAUGACUAUGCAUGCAAGAUGGCAAAUAUUUAGGGGAGAUAGCACCAACAAGAAGGAUCUUAUUUUCACGGCUAAGACGAGUUCAUGGCUGCAAUUCAAGACAAAAUUGAACGUGUUCUUGGCGUAUAACAAGAAAGAAAAAGUCUCUGAUUUUAGAUUGGAAGGAAGUUAUUCUAAAGGCUCUUGCAAAAUAUAUGUUGGACAUGGCAAGUCCAAAUCUAUUCUUGCCAAAAUGCGUAAGAAGGAGACUGUGAUGAAUGGAUUGACGGGGAAGGAUGAUUUCAGAGUGACUGUAAAUCCAAACGUAGAUUAUGCUUUCGUAGUUGCGCUCAUAGUUGUUCUCGACAAUAUUGACACAUAUAAUGAAGUAAAACAAGAACCACCAAACUAAAUUGUAGAUUAAAAUGCAUUAAUAAUGUUGGUAUUA